UGGGAGGAGUAUUGUGUUUACAAAAUAUCAUUUAUAAAUAAAAAAAGCUAUUGAUCACUAAAAACAGUGUAUAUUUAAUUAAGAAUUAAUAUAUCUCAAGAAAUAUUAGCGAAUCCGUUAAAAAAAGUUGUAUGAAUCUAUAUCUUACAUUCACAUUAAAUUAGGUAAACAUGGGUAUGUCUCGUUGCUACUCAUUAAUGAAGUGUUUGUUGAUAAUAUUCAACAUUUUAUUUCUCAUCGUGGGCGUGGGCGUGUGCGCGUUCGCCGGCUGGGCGCUGUGGGACGGGCGCGCCUCCGAGACCAGCGCCGGCCGCGCCGGCCUGUGCGCGCUCGCCGUGUGGGCCGCCGUCCUGACGCUGGGGGCCGUGGCCGCUCUGGCGGGCGCCGUCCGCGGCUCGGCGUCGCUGCUUGCGGGCGCUUUCGCGCUGCUCGCGCUGAGCGCGGUGGCAGAGGGGGCGGCGGCGUGGUGGGGCGCCGCGCACGCGCCGCAACUCAAGCAGGCGCUGCGCGACCGACUGCGCUACACGCUGCUGCACGACUACGGCGUGCUGCCGGCGCGCACGCAGAUGCUCGACGCGAUCCAACACGGGCUGCAGUGCUGCGGCGCCGAGAGCGCGCUGGACUGGCAGCAGGCGGGCUGGGCGCGCGCGCCGGGCGCGCUGGACCUCAGUGUGCGCGCGCCGCCCGCCACCUACACCGUGCCCGCGUCGUGCUGCGCGCGCGCCGGCGCCGCGUGCGAGGCGGCGCGCGUCGUGCCGGCCGCGGCGCGCGGCGGCGCCGGCCUGCACCGCGCGGCCUGCGCGGCGCGCGUGCUGGCGGCGCUGGAGCGCGCGGCGCGCGGCCCGCUGCUGGCGGGCGCGGCGCUGCUGGGCGCGCACGGCGCGGCGCUGCUGCUGGCGCUGGCGCUGUGCCUGCGCGCGCGCCCGCCGCCGCGCUACAAGGCCUAG